ACGUGUGGAGAGUCCCAAACCCUCCACCCCACCUAGUGGACACUUAUGUUGUGUAAUGUCUGAGGUGUUUUUUUUUUCCAUAGCAAAGCUGCCCUCUCUGUGGAGGGUAACUCUAAAGUAGGGGUUGCAUGACUUAGGGCCUGUCCACACGUAGCCGGGGAUCUGCCAAAACGUAGAAAAAUAUCUACAUUUUGGCCUGUCUUCCACACGACAACGGAGUUUAUUCACACGAAAACUAAUCUUUUUAAAAACUCCGGCCAAAGUGAAGAUCUGCGUUUUCUCCGUUUUGGGUGUCUGCGUGUGGACAGACAAAACCGGAAUUUUAAGGUCCGCAACGUCACUUUCCGCGACAAAAAAAUGCUGACAUCACGUGUGCGACCUGUGUUUACGCUAGCCGACAGCAUGGAUGCCCUCAGAGCUGCGCUCGCUUUAUCAAUUGUCCAAGCGCUUUUUGCUUGUUUGUUUUUGCAAGCGGAAUUACUGCUCCUUGUGGAAGACCACAGACGAAGGACGAGGUUAAGAACGGGGGAAGUUUUGGAGUUUGUGAUGACAUAGAAUCACAGUUGUUUUGCUGACAUGUGAAUUCUGGGUAAUUUUGUGACUUCCUGUUGAUGCCAUGUGACGGAGAGCCAUGUCUGUGAUCAGAGGUGAUUAAGGCUGUGGGAAGCAGGCAGUGAGGUGGACCUUCACACGUCUCCUGAUGAUCGAGAAGCUUUAUUUGAAGCUGUGCGUCCAGCUGCAGACUAACUAGAUGUUGAUGGCUGUGCUGUGACACUACCUGAGGAUGAGAGUUAACUCUACUCGAGUUUUAGAUUUCAGUCUGACUGCCUACUUUGAUUCUAAUGGUUUGAAUUAUUUCUACUUUUCUGUCAUAUUGUUCCUGUACGUGUUAAUCAUUGGUUGUAAUGUUCUGCUCAUCGUGGUGAUCUGUGUGAACAGGACUCUACAUGAACCCAUGUACAUGUUUCUGUGCAGCCUGUUUGUGAAUGAGCUGUAUGGAAGUACAGGCUUGCUUCCCUCCCUGCUGAUUCAGCUUCUCUCUGAUGUUCACACCAUUUCUGCUCCUCUCUGUUUCCUGCAGAUCUACUGUGUGUACACCUAUGCUCAUAUUGAGUUCUGUAACCUGGCUGUCAUGUCCUAUGACCGAUACCUGGCCAUCUGCUUUCCUCUGCAGUACCGCUCACUCAUGACUCCUUCAAAGAUCAUGAAGCUUAUUGUGCUAACGUGGCUCUUCCCUCUGAUUGAAUUUGCUGUUGGAAUCGUUCAGAUCGCAUUUCUGCAGCUGUGUGGAAACAUGAUUAACAAAGUUUACUGUGACAGCUUUUCCAUCAUUAAGCUGUCCUGCUCCUACUCCACAAACAGCAUCUUCAUAGGAAUCGUCUACAUGCUGACAGUCAUCCUGGGAAUUAUCCUUCUGAUCGUCUACACGUAUGUGAAAAUCCUCCGAGUGUGUUUUUCUGGGUCCAAACAGAUCCGGCAGAAGGCCGUCAGCACCUGCACGCCUCACCUGGCCUCUCUGCUCAACUUCUCCUUUGGCUUUUUCUUUGAUAUGUUUCAGAGCAGGUUUGACGUGAGUGCAGUUCCCAACAUGCUGCGAGUCCUUUUAUCGUUAUAUUUCCUCACAUGUCAGCCUCUGUUCAACCCUCUGCUUUACGGACUCAACAUGUCAAAAAUACGACGCGUGAUUCAGCUCUUUGUUUUAGGAAAACCGUGA